AUGUUGAGGUAUAAAAAGGGUAAACAUGGGUACACAGAGGCCAAGGUAAUGCGGUUUAGCAGUACAGGACAAGAAAUUCAGGUCAUUCAACACAAUAAUACGGGAAAGAAACUGUAUAAAUUUCUUGCGUACAUCACUGAGAACCAUAAUGGAGAUAUUAUUGUGUCUGACUUGCAGAAUGGUGUAGUGGUGACAGAGCGUGGAGGAGGAUAUCGAUUCUCGUACACAUGUCAUUCAUCGGGAUCACGAAUAUCACCACAAGGAAUCUGUGUAGACGUGUUGUCUCACAUCCUGGUAACUGAUGAUAUAAGCAAAAUAGUUCAGAUGUUUGACAAAGAUGGUCAUUUCUUAGCACUGAUUUUAACUAGACAAAACAGGAUAACAACAUCACGGGGGCUGGGCUAUGAUAACAGAAAUCACAGAUACAUACAGAAAAAGGAUUAUUAA